AUGUCCUUUGAGAUUAUUGGACUAAUCUAUUUUGGAGAAGGAGAUGGAUUGUCACGUCGUGUUCAAACUGGAUUCGAAAUAGCAUUUGCAUCAUGGCAUUUCCUUCUCCUGCUAACUACAAAAACAAUUUCAGAUUUACUUUUUAUAAAUUUAUUGACAGCACCCUCGGAUAUCAAUGUUUUCGAUGCUUCGGUGGCGUUUGAAGCGUUCGAGAUGUGUGGUAUCAUCACCUACUACUGUAUUGAACUCUUUGUCAAUAUCGAUCAAAAGUUUGCAAUCAUGGUUGGAGUUGUAACGAUUAUAUUUAUAUUAUGUCUUGAUGCCAAGAUUGUACAUUACUUUAUCAAUAUAAGAUCACCGUUUGUAUCAAACAUAUGGGAUCUGUAUGCACUCAACUAUUUACCAGAGGCAAUAGCAGUCACGGUGGCACUGAUAUUCUUUGGAUCCAACAUGGGAACGGUCGACGAUAAUUUCUCUAGUAGUAAAUCAAACUACCACUACUCGGAUACCGAACAGGCAAACAUCAGAAGAAGAGAAGAGAAACAGAGUCUAUUAAGUACCUAUAGUAAUAAUAGUCAAACUUACAGUAUGUCUAAAAGAGAUCGUGGUAUAGAAACAGAUUUAAAUAAUGAUGGUGAUGAUGUACAGAGUAAACAUGAACAUUCUGAAACAAAAGGUGAAACAGGAUUAAAAGAAAAAGAAUCAUCUGAAAUUGAUACUGAUAAUAAUAAUAAUAGUAAUAGUAAUAAUAAAGAUAAUCAUGAAAAGAAAAAAGUUAAAAGAGAUCUACCAUUUGAACAAGUUUAUUUAGAUAAUCUACCAAAUACAGAGAUGUAUGAAAGAAGUUAUAUGCAUAAGGAUGUUUGCAAUCAAAUGCAUGUUACAAAGACAGAGUUUAUUAUAACGGGUGAUAUACUUGGGUACAUUAAAUUCUGGAAGAAACAACCGAAUGGCAUCGAUUUUGUAAAGACAUUCAAAUCACAUCAAGGUCUAUUCACAAUGACCGUCAGCUACGAUGGUCUAUGGAUGUGCUCUGCAGGUCAAGAUAAAAACGUAAGAAUAUUCGAUGUAAAUAACUUUGAUAUUGUAAAUUCAUUUAAAAUUGAUUAUUUACCGUUGGCAUGUCAAUGGAUCUAUAGUAAGGAAUCUGGAAAACAGCUACUGGCAAUAUCGAGUAGAGAAUCACCAAAUAUUUUUGUAUAUGAUAUUCGUGGAGAGGUGACAUCGCAGGUCGUCCAUACUCUGACGAUUCACAAGAGACCGGUGCAUCUCAUUGGUUUCAACGUGGAGAAGCGAACGGUUGUCUCUGUCGAUUUGGCCGGUAUGAUUGAAUAUUGGUCACCGGAACACGAGUAUAACGAACCGACCGCCGAGUUGAAGUUUAGCUAUAAGCUCGACACCGAUCUCUACGUGCUGAAGAAGGAAAAGACAGUGGCGACCAGUCUGCACUUUAGUAACAACGGACAGUACUUUGCGAUGAUGGCACGCGACAGAAAGAUUCGUGUAUUCAACUACGCGAGUGGAUCGCUGCAUCGUGUCUACGACGAAUCGUACACCGUACUCAAUCAGAUUCAAAAGGAGGAGGAUUCUCCCUAUCACAUCGAUCCCAAUGACUUUGGAAGACGUAUGGCUGUGGAGCGUGACAUCGAAAACAACUUUGAUCAAUCGAUACAUCCCGAUAAUCUUGUGAAACCGACCACAUCGAUUCCACCACCAUCCAACAUCAUUUUCGAUGAAUCCGAUUCAUUCUUAAUGUAUCCAACUUUAAUUGGUAUAAAAAUUAUCAAUAUGAUAAGUAAUAAGGUUGUAAGAGUAUUGGGAAUGAUUGAGAAUUCAACUAGAUUCCUUGGUAUUUCAUUGUAUCAAGGUAAGAACGAAGGAGAUCUAUUCAUGGGAACAAAAAAGAGAGAUGCUACACCCGAUCCAACUCUAUUCUGUUUGGCUUAUAAAAAACAAAGAUUUUACAUGUUCUCAAGAAGAGAACCUGAAGAUACUGAUAAUGCAGAUUUAGGUAGAGAUGUAUUUAAUGAAAAGGUUAAUAAGGAUGAACAGAUGUUGCUCCACAAUACAGCGAGAAAACUUCCGAGAAAUGCUGUCAUUCAUACGUCGGUCGGUGAUGUCCAUGUUCAGCUGUUCCCAGACGAGUGUCCAAAGACCGUGGAGAACUUCACUACACACGCCAAGAAUGGCUACUACGAUGGUAUCAUCUUCCAUCGUGUCAUCAAGGGAUUCAUGGUGCAAACCGGUGAUCCUCAGGGCGAUGGUACCGGUGGUACCAGUAUUUGGGGCAAAGACUUUGAGGACGAAUUUAGCAGAAAUCUGAGACACGAUCGUCCAUUCACUGUUUCGAUGGCCAACGCCGGACCAGGCACAAACGGAUCUCAAUUCUUCAUUACAACGGUGCCAGUUACCAGACUCGACAAUAAACACACCGUGUUUGGACGUGUCUACAAAGGUAUGGAGGCGGUCUCCACCAUCGAAAAUGCAAGGACCGACAAGAGCGAUCGUCCACUCGAGGAUAUUACCAUUGUCGGUAUCAAAAUCACCAGCGAUGUACCAGAAGAAUUUAAACAGAAAAAGAAAUAA